AUGGCCAUCUGUUCCUGUUUCAAAUACGUCUCCCGCUGGACUCCUCCGCUGGACUCCUCCGCUGGACUCCUCCGCUGGACUCCUCCGCUGGACUCCUCCGCUGGACUCCUCCGCUGGACUCCUCCGCUGGACUCCUCCGCUGGACUCCUCCGCUGGACUCCUCCGCUGGACUCCUCCGCUGGACUCCUCCGCUGGACUCCUCCGCUGGACUCCUCCGCUGGACUCCUCCGCUGGACUCCUCCGGCCUCCCUCCGGCCUCCCUCCGGCCUCCCUCCGGCCUCCCUCCGGCCUCUCUCCGGCCUCUCUCUGGCCUCUCUCUCAGUCAAAAUCAAACUACAGUAA